AAGCCUUCGCCAAUGAUUAAACCUGGCGGUAGACCCUGGUCAGUCAAACUUUCACACUCCGUGUGAAUAUUUCAAAGCUGCUUCCGUACCGCGAUUUCUCAUUGCUCUACUAAUAAAAUCAACCGUGUAAAAGAGUCCUAGUUUAAUAUAACAGUGUCCAAUUUAUAUCGAUAAAUCUGUCGCCUUUCUAAAAAUGUCUCAUAAUAAAAGUCUAUCCAUUAUUUAUUUUACCAUCAUUUUCAUUGAUUAAGUGUACAAAAAUGAUUAUAUUAAUCAUUUGAAGUCAAUUUGUAUUAAAAUUGUGAAUAAUAAUUUUUAUUUUAUUAUAAUUAUAGAUAAAUUUUAAUUAUAUAUAAGUGAAAAGAUCAACAGAAUUAAUUGUCUGUUAAAAUUCAUUAGUGUUUAAUUUUUUUCAUUGAAAUAAUUAUGAAGCACUAAUAAUCAUAAUUGUUAUGGUCUCCAAAAAUUAUUUUCACUGGUGUCAUACUGCAAAGGUCUUUCAUCUAAUAGCAAUUAUUUUCAUGAGUUAAAACUAUGAAUAACUUUGUAGUAUUACAAAGAUUACAUUAAUUAAAAAAGCAGAAGGGAAGAAAGUAUUGUUUGGUAACAUUGUUUACCGUGUUGAUAGAGAAGAAAGAAAUUUCAAUUAGCGGGGGGAAAAAAAUAUUAUUCUUACUUUAAUAAAACGUUAGAAUGAAGAGAAAGACGAUUUUCUUAAUCUUUGUACUGUUUUGUAAUUAUUCGGAUGGUUAUAAUGUUCUUUUGGCGACAAUGGGUGGUACGAAAUCCCACACAAUUCCGUUUGUGGCUCUUGGAACAGCUUUAAGAUUAAGAGGACAUAAUGUUACCCUAGUGAGUGCAUUUUCUGGUCCUGCCGCUAAUAAUGGACUACGAGAGCUGGUUCCCUCUAUUUUCGAGGCUUAUGUCGGUAAUUACACUUCCGAUUGGGACCUAGUGGGAUCACGAUUCCGAAACGAGCUUCCUCUUAGUCCAUGGGAUGCCAUGCGAUACGGAUGGGAAUCCUGUGAAGCAGUUUUACGUGACAAAAGCUCUGUUGCUAGAAUCCGUCGACCGGACGCAAAUGAAAAUUAUCAGGCAGAUACGAGUUGGGACGUUGCGAUUCUUGACGGUGCUUUUCCUGAAUGUCUUCUGGGAAUCCUACAUGGAGAAAAUGUGCCUACAAUGAUGCUAAAUACGGUUGCUCUUUAUAGUGGAUCCAUAGCUCGUCAAGGCAAUCCAUCACCAUGGUCAAUAGUUCCAUAUUUCGGCAAGGGUUAUACUCAAGACAUGAACUUUUUCGAAAGGAUAACCAAUGUCGCCUGUUUGGCUAUCCUACAAAUCAUGCAUUGGGUGAUGACAACAGGAUUUCUUCAACCAACAUUGAGAAAAUAUCUAGGAGAUCAAGUUCCUGAUGUGAGAGAAUUAAUUACUGAAGUAUCAGUGACACUUCAGAAUAGUCAUUACUCUGUAGGAGAAUCUAUGCCUUAUCUACCGAACGUAGUAAAUGUUGCUUGCCUUCACUGCCGUCCUGCAAUGGACCUCAGUCCAGAUUUAGAAUCAUUUCUUCGAAAAGGUUUUAUAUUUGUGUCAAUGGGCUCAUCUGUACGAGCGUCAGGAAUGCCUGAUGCUCUAAGGGAAACAUUUAUUGCUGCUUUCUCUACACUACCUUUUAAUGUAAUAUGGAAAUGGGAAGGAAGUAAAAUAAAAAAUCUGGCAAGCAAUAUUAGAACUGGUGCUUGGUGGCCUCAGCAAGAACUUCUUGGUCAUCCACAUUUAAGAGCAUUCGUAUCUCAUGGUGGACUAUUGUCUCUUCAUGAAGCAGCUUAUCAUGCAGCUCCUACUUUAGUACUACCAGUUUUCUGUGAUCACGAUGGCAAUGCUGCUCAAGCUGAAAAGCUUGGCUAUGCUCUGGUGAUGAAUUUAGCAAGUAUAUCAGUAAAUGAUUUACGUGAAGCUAUCCUCAAAGUAGCUGCACAGCGAAAUAAUCCUUAUAAAGAAGCGGCAAGAAGAAGAAGUGCGUUAUUAAAGGAUCAGCCACUAGGGUCUAGAGAAUUAGCUACUUGGUGGGUUGAACACGUAGCAAAGUAUCAAGGUGCUGAACAUCUCAAGAGUUCUACAAGGUAUAUGGGUGUCCUUCGAUACUACUCAAUCGAUGUUUUUGUCUUCUAUAUGGCUGUGCUUUUCUUAUUGGUAAAAACUCUUCGAACAUUACUUCGACGGUAUUCUUCAAAGCAUAUGAUUGUUAAAGGCAAAAUUGAAUAAUUUGUUUACCUUUAAAAUGAUUAUAUCAACGCUAAUGAAUGGACUUUCUUUAUCGACAGAUUUUCUAGUUACUUUACGGAUUUAUAGCUGUGUGAGGUAAUUAAUAUCUAAUAGAAUUAACUAGAAAAUCUGUAGGUCAUUGACAUUCAAGUAUUAGCAUUCAUGUGUAUUUGUUUGAAUAAUACUAUUUAGAAUUCUUUAUUUAUAUUUAUUCAAAAUUAUUAUUUUAUUGUUAUAAAUCUUCAAAUAAUGUAUUAAAUAUGAUAGACAAUAAGCUGUAAAGUUAUGAUAAUUAACAUUGUAAGUUUAGUGAAUAAUGAUACGUCUUUACUUUUUUUCUUUUAUGAAAAUGAUGCAAUAUUAAUGUUGUGAGAAAAUUGUGAAAUUUUUAUUAUGAUUUUGAGGAGAAUGUAUGUUUUGCAUGUUCGAGUUGUUACUUUGUAAAUUCCACCUGACGUUAUAAUUGAGGAAUUUUCAUGAUGACCAUAUGUUGUAAGUCUGACAAAUUAGUUUAUAAGUUUCCUACUGAUUAUGCACGUAUACAGAUGUGAUUCGAAAUGAAUGAAUUAUUUGUAUAUACGUACAUGGGCUAAGAAAUAAUUUAUUGUUAAUGAAAAAUAUCAUUAGUGAUAGUGAAAAAUGUAAAAUUUUUUGAAUUAAAUUUUAAGUAUUAAUGUUAUUACAAUUGUUUAAGAUUUUUAUAUUCCCAGGAAGUAUUGAAUGUAUAAUAUAAUGUUAAUAGAAACUUGUAUGAAAAUUGUAUUAAAAAAAUUAAUAAAAAUUUUAUAAUUUA